AUGGGAUCUGUGGUCUUUGAUGCGGUGAACUCGCUGAUCAGCCAUCACGCUCCUCAACACGACCAACACGACGUCUUUCGAGAAGCUCAAGCGCCACGAGCACAUAGACCGGACUCACAUUCGGAGCACAAUCGUGCGUCGUCGCGCAUCGAGGCUCAUAUGGAACCUGAGCAGAGAGCUCCGAGCUCGUCUGCUGCUCCAACAUCUUUCACCGCCCAGGACACACCUCGAGAGGUAUACGCGACUUCUACCGCUCAAGGCGACGAGGACCGUUCUGCAGCACAGCCGCCCAGCUCUCCCCUCACGGCAAGGCCUGUGCCACCCCCGAGCGAUACUCCAACCAGAGAUUCGGGCACCCCUGGCCCUACCAUCAUAGAAGAACGAUCGUCGCGUCCACGAAAGAUCAAAGUACGAGAUCUGGAACACAUACAAAGUUUUGCCAAUGAGGAUAUGAGCAGCUUUUCGGAGAUUCGCUCCCGCAGCCGCUCGCGCUCUCGAGGUGCCGAGGAGGAAGGUCCGCAAUAUGAGAUCAGCGAGAUGAAGGUCGAGCACAUAAUAGAAAUGGUCGCCGGACUUCUCACAAAGAUCACCACCACGAAUGAUCGACAGCACGAACAUUUGCACCGCCAACCGCCUUCGGGGGACGCUUCGUCCCACCUCAACCCACAAACCACCAGCGUACUGGCUUUCCACGGAAAGAAUGUGCCCAGCAUUACCAUUCUUAGUUAUCUAAGUAGGAUCAACAAGUAUUGUCCCACGAGCUACGAGGUUUUCCUGAGCUUGCUGGUUUACUUUGACAGAAUGACGGAGAGAGUCAAUGCUGGUCCAAUACAAAGCUUGCGGGAAGCUAAUGAGAUGUCUGUAAGGAAGCACAGCGCAUCUUCGGACUCGAUUGGAUCAGAUGCCAUGGCUGGAGUGACGGCAACAACAACAACAACGCCAUCAGGGACGCAACAGUUUACACCUCCCCAUUCUGGGGGUCUUGAAAGAGAAAAGGCCGCCGCAAGAGGUAUCCCUGGAACACCACACAGCAGGCCUAGUGAGCCGGACUCGCCCUCGAUGUCCCCUUCAAACAUGGACGCCUUCAACAUGUCACAUUUCUUCGUUGUUGAUAGCUUCAACAUCCACCGGCUAGUCAUCGCGGGUGUGACUUGUGCGAGCAAGUUCUUUUCGGACAUCUUCUACACAAACUCACGAUAUGCCAAGGUUGGCGGUCUGCCUUUACCAGAACUCAAUCACCUUGAGCUUCAGUUCUUAUUGCUCAACGACUUCCGACUCUCCGUGCCUGUGGAAGAGAUUGAAGCGUACGGUACUAUGCUCGUAGAGUUCUACGCCCGUGAAGUCGUCGCUCAAAAGCAGGCGUCCGAAGCGAUGCAUGCGCGAUCUCUCAGCGAGAGCUCCUCCGACAGCACACAUACUGUCAUCGCUGGCUGA